AUGGUCAUAGAGACACGGAUUCCUCAGGCGGGUACACCCCCUCCCCCUAAGUUAUUCAAAUGGACGGACUGGGACAAGUUCCGAAAGCAGCGAGUCGAACAGAGAGGUGAGGAGACCAUCGAUAACAUCGAGGCAUGGAUGGAGACACUGAAUGACGACAUGAACAGGGCGACACAGACGGUCACACCCGAAGUCCAGGUUGAUAAAAUCGACAGUCGACUAGCCCACCUCUGGGAAGCCAAGACAUCACUAUACGCAAGAUGGAAGAAGCAACGGCACAACCGAAAGCUUCGUAAGAAGAUCGCACUGAUCAAUCGCCAGCUAGAAGAACAUUGCCGCACCUUAAGCCGCCAGCAGUGGUACGACAUCUGCAACGCAAUCGACGGGCAGCUGCACAAUGGCAGCACGUGGCGUCUCCUGCGUCACCUGUUGGGGGAAACGCAGGGCAAGUCUGCUCAACGUGCCAACCUGCAGCGCCUUCUACACAAGGAACGGGCUACCACGAGUGAUCAACAGAUCGUGACACGCCUGCUAGAGAAGUACUUCCCUCAACGACCCGAUGUCCAACACGGAGAUUACACCGGCAAGCCAAACGCGACGCUCGAUGAAGAAUUUCACGAGUCAGAGAUCCGCGCAGCUCUACACGACCUUAAUGGCAAAUCAGCACCUGGUCCUGACAAGGUUACAAACAAGACUCUACGAAACCUUGAUGAUGUCUCGAUCACCGCUCUCACGACAUACGUCAACAAAUGCUGGCGAGUUAUGGAGCAUGCGUUCCUCACCCGUAUCAACCGCCACCUCGAGGACACUGGAGCCUACCCAUCCACUAUGGUGGGCUUCCGGUCACAUCUCUCCACUCAAGACGUUAUGCUCCAGCUCUACCACCAGAUCAUCAACGACCCAACUAGUGGCACCCGCGCCAUCCUUGGUCUCGAUCUGGAAAAGGCAUUCGACAAUGUAUCACAUGCAGCAAUCCUGAGCCGAAUUAACAAGCUCAACAUGGGCGAGCGCAGCUAUAACUACAUCAGAGACUUCCUGUCGUGCCGCACAGUCACCCUCGCAGUCGACAGCAUGACAUCCCACGAACAUGCACUAGGAAGCGCCGGCACUCCUCAAGGCAAAUGUGUCAUCAUCCUCAAGCCAUCUCCAACCGGGACGCUUUACUACCAACAGCUUAUGUUAACAUCGCACAUGCCUCCGAAGCAUUGCAUGGUACAAAUGCAUGUCUUCGACAUCAGCAACACCGGCCGCGUCAAAUGCAGCGAGAUGUUCGUUCAAAAUGCUAUCGCAGAUGCAUAA